CACACCCGAAAAUAACCCAUGGGUCACACUUGUGUCUCGUUGCAUGUUUAAAAUGCAUAAAACAGGAAAAAGGGCUUUCAACAUAACAGCAACACACACAGACACUUAGGCAGUGUUCCUUCAGACGGCCACUCGGAGUGUAGCUUUAGACAAUUAAAUAUCAGUAUAAGUGCGUCUAUAAGGACUGAUAACUACUUCACUGAAAGAUCAGGAUUACUGUAAAGAGAAGAAUGGAGAUGAGUGAGGAGAUUUAUGCAAACGCAGAAGAUACAGCAGAUGACGGAGCUAAUUACAGUGUCUGUGAGAACUCUUAUGAAGAUGUUUAUGCGAAUGAGGACAAUUUGGAGACCCAGAGGACCGGAAGCUUCAAGCAAUCUGUGAGCUCAGGAUUCAACACCAAAGGAGGCAGGUGUUACAGACUGACUGCAGUGUGUCUGCUGCUGCUGUGCGUUUUUCUGCUGACUGCCAUCAUAGUGCUGUGGAUCAAAUUCACCAACCUGAAUACACAGAUAGACCAGUUACAGACCAGUUACAACAACCUGACUACAGAGAGAGACCAGUUACAGACCAGUUACAACACCCUGACUAUAGAGAGAGACCAGUUACAGACCAGUUACAACACCCUGACUAUAGAGAGAGACCAGUUACAGACCAGUUACAACAACCUGAGAGAGGAGUGUCAGUCAAGUAAUGUGAUGGCUGGAGUUCUUGUUAAACAAGGAUGGAGAUUCUUCAACUCCAAGCUUUACUACAUCUCUAUUGAAAAGAAGAACUGGACUGAGAGCAGAGAGGACUGCAGAGAGAAAGGAGCAGACCUGGUGAUUAUAAACAGCAAAGAGGAACAGGAAUUCAUCAUUAAACAGCUGGGCGAAAGUAAUUGGGCUUGGAUUGGUCUGAGUGACAGAGACACAGAGGGAGAGUGGAAGUGGGUGGAUGGGACAGAAUUGAGGAGCGGCACUGGGUUCUGGUAUAAGGGUGAACCGAAUGAUGCAGGUAAUAAUGAAGACUGUGCUGAGAUCUGGACUUUUCCAGAUAAGAAGUCCUGGAAUGACAAACCAUGUUCUUAUGACACACAGUGGAUCUGUGAGAAAAGUGUUUCUUAGUUGUAAUUUUUUAAAUGACAGCAAAAUUAUACAAUACUUGCACACAUUUAUCAAAUGUAUGUAAUGAGCAGUUGGACCCUUUGUAACUAUCAUUUAUAAAGAGCUAUUUAUCAUGUGACCCUCUCAGUUAACCUGCUCACGCAGAACUACCACAUGUUAAUUCACCCGUUUCAUAUUUAUUUCAUAUAAUUCUUAUAGAUUUCAGUAAAAUAAAGUGCACAGAUUAACAAGGCAAGGAUUUUCUUAGACACCAUAAACACUUUUAGAUAUUUUCUUAAGAUAUGAUCAGUCCACUGAUUUGCCUGCAGAAUGAAAACGAUGAUGUUUUGCUAGAAAGAUGUGUUUGUUUGUUGUUGGUUUUUUUGCUGUUGCUGAUGAUGAUGAUGACGUUUUGCUAGAAAGAAGACUUUGUUUGUUGUUGUUGUUUUUACUGAUGAUGCUAUUAGAUUUAAGAUGUUUCUUCUCUGCUCACAUCAUACUUGUAAUUCUAAUCCUUGUAAUUCAUAGUAUUUUAUAGCUUGUGUGUUCUGUGUAUUCUAAUUUCAUAUUAAUGUUUGUAAUGUAUUGAUGUAUGAAUAUGAAACAAAUGUAAAUAAGGCAAAUCUCCAUCUUUGUUCAGUAAGACUAAGCUUCAGAUCA